AUUUUACUUUCUACCUAGAAACAUCGCUGUGGACUUUUACCUUUUGCUUCCGUUAAAUCUAACCUUCAAUCAGGCACUGAGACGGACACCUUGAGAGGAGCAGCUGGUCCUCGUCUCUUCUCACUGCAUCCGGUAUUUUUCGUUGCAUCUCUAGAAGCGCAGUAAGAAGGAAAAGAAGGAGGGCGUGGACCCGGCGGGAAGUUCUUCUUUGCUGAUGUAAACAUCGAUUUCCCAACAGUUUGGUAUCGAUCCGUGUGCGAUGGAGCAGCUGACCCACGUGUUCGUGCUGCUCGCGGCGCUGAGCUCAGUCGGAACCGCACAAGAUGUUUACUUCACGGACGGCGACGAGCGGACCUUCGAGGUGAGGCCUCCCGUCACCGAGAAGAUCACGUCCAUAGUGUGGAAGAUAAACGGUGAUCUGUUGGCCGAGUGGUCCGUUAGGUCUCCUUUGGAGAUUUACCCCGGGUUUAACACUCGCACGAGCCUGGACACGACCAACGGCAGUUUGGUCAUGAAACAAAUGACUAAAGAGGACGUGGGGACCUACACGGUGGAGAUCAACCACAAUGUCCAGAGCGGGAAAUACGACAUGAAAUGGAUCCUGAGAGUCAACAAACCUGCGGUGAACAUAACAACGUGUUCACCUGACUCUGAGAAAUGCGACGUGACCUGCGACGGAGGCACCGAGGAGGCAGAACCCAUCCAGUACCACUGGAGAAUAGGCUCCUCAGAAUGGAAUAAUCUGGGAAAGGACAUUGUGAUCACCAAGGAGAAGCAUGGAGGUGAGAAGGACAUCACCUGCCGGAUGAAGAACCCGGUCAGUGAAGAAGAGAGUGAACCGAUCUACAAUCCGCUCCUCCAGGUCGCCUCGUCUUUAUCCCCAGGUGGAAUUGCGGGGAUCAUCAUCUUCGUCUUUAUUGUUUCCAUAAUUGCGGGUUUGGGUUUGUUUGGAAUGUGGAAAUAUAAGAAAUGGCCGUGUAAAAAUCCAGACUCAUCUACACCGGAACCUCCUGCUGAAGAAACCCGUUUAAACGAUUAAACGAUCGUCGGCGUCCUCUGCUUAAUUUUAGUUUUUGUUUUAGCGGGUUUCUGUUUUCGUUCGUGGAAGGCAAAGAGGGAAUCUAAGCAAGUGUCCUCUAACAAAGGGACACAAUCUUCUACAGAACUUCUCCCUAAAACGGAAUUGGAUGACAAGUAAACCACAUGUCAAUUGUUGUGCUUUUUUGCCCUUAAUCUGUGGCCACGUGGACUGUUACUUGAUGUUAGAUUUUUUUUUUUUGUAAACUAACAACGUGAGUUGGAGACAGCAUGAAAUAACGUGAUGUUAUUUUGUCAUUUUAAAUACGCUUAUAGCUUGUUGCUGCCUGGCUUUAUAUGCAACACAUGAGACAUGUGAGAGGGGAAGAUGAACGGAUGAAAGGACUUAACAUUUAACAUUUAGUAUCUAUUCAGCUUCAUGUCAGCGUGUCACAAUCUAACACCAUCCAAACAAAAUACUCAUUAUAAAUACAAUACUAAUAAUGAGUAUAAAUGAAUCUACCAAAGGUAUCACAUUAAAUAAAGUUAAAGUUGCUUGUUGUAAUGAACCGUAGGAAACACUGUCACUGUUUUUUGCUGCUUUAAAUAACAGCUGAAGAUCAUUUGAAUGUAUAUGGUUAAACAAACCAUAAUAAAAAAAGAAACCAACCAA